CCCUUUUGCAAUUCAUUUCAGAAAUACAGACCUUUUAAAAUCCAAAGGUGACCAUUAGAAAAGGUGGAGUGAUGAACGAAGAGCCACACAAUGACGGUUUGGCCGGUAGUAAAAGAGAAGAACCUGGCUCUAAGAAAGUUUCGAAAGAUGAUAGUAAAACUGAUCAAAAUGCUGAUAAAACGGACACACGAAAGAAGUGGUAUGCACAUGGCAGAAGAAGACACACGUCUGAAACUGGAUAUGUUGGAUAUAAACAAGGUGAAAAUGUGGAAAAUGAUCUAGGUGCAAGACCAAAGGAGUUUAGACGUCAAACAUUUUUUAACAGAAAGUAUGAAAGGAGAGGAUCACUGGGUAGUAAAUUUCAAAGCGACAUAACUAACGAGGGAGGAAGAUGUUAUCUAAAUAAAAGCGGUAAGAUUGACAGAGCAGAAAGGAAAGAACCUAAAGAUUUUAAAACUACAAAAACAUAUUGUAGGAAAGAAGCACAAGGCGAAAAUAUUGAAAGACAUGUUGACAAACCACAAAGUAACAUUGAGGGGAAACCACCUAAAUAUGUCAAGCCAGGUUUCAAUAAAAAUAGAAACAAAACACCAACACCAAAGUCAUUCAAAGGAAGUAACAUAUCUUUAAAUACUGUUCUUCAAGAACAUGGUGAUGUAAAUAGCACAAACAAAGCAACUGGAGGUCAGUCAAUGAAGACAGAAGAAAAUGUAAUGCACAAGAAAAGAAAGAGCAAAGAGAAUGUGAAUAAAGUCACUGAACUUAAAAACCAUGCAAAGAAGACGUGUCUUUAUGUUGUCAUUGGUGAAAGAAUAAUUAAUCAAAGUAGCUUAAAAAACUUUCUACUUCAUAGAAUGGGGAAUCCAAAAGCUCUUGAAUUUGAGAUUGCUGAUUCCUAUAAUAUUAACAAAGGGGGUUCUGAUCGUAGUAUAUUAUCUUUGAAGUUUGACAGUUACAAGAAAGCAUCAGCAGCUAGACAUUUGCUAAACAGAAAUAAUAGGACUGCUGUCGAUAAAAUAAGGUGUUCCUUCGAUAGAGCAGAAGCAGAGGGUGUCGAAAUUAAUAGUGCUCAACAGAAUGAGUGCAAGAAAGAAAUUGCAUUAAAAGAAAUAGUGGCAACAGCUAGGUUUGAGAUUGAAAAACACGAUGAAAAAAUCAAUGAUAUCCGUGUGAAACUUGAAGCUGUUGCUGGGCACCUAGCUAAUAAGCGCGGAGUCUCCCUUUUUGAAUACGACAAACUAUCGAAUGAAAAGCUUGCAUAUGAAGAUAAACUGGAUGAGCUAGAGAGGCAAAGAAAAGAGUUUACAAGAUACUUGCAGAGCAUGUCGGUGAAGUUGGAGGCUAUUAUUAAUAAUAAAUGUGACAAAUUUGAACACGAGCUGAAAGAAGUCAGGAAGGCAUUUGGUGUGGAAUGUCAUAGGUUGCAAUCUGCUUUACCGAUGUACGCCAGGAGAGAAGAAAUCCUAUCAAUCAUUAAAGAGAACCAAGUUUGUGUGAUACUCGGUGAAACAGGAUCUGGCAAGUCAACGCAAAUGGUUCAGUACAUCUAUCAAGCCGGUUUUGCAGGUGACGGGCUAAUUGCAUGUACUCAGCCCCGAAAGAUAGCAGCCGUAAGCCUUGCGUCACAUGUAUCUUCAGAACUCGCUUCAAGUGUUGGUCAAGUCAUAGGGUAUAAAGUAGGAAUGCAGUCGAAAAUGACUGCAUUAACAAAAGUAAUGUUUAUGACUGAUCAUAUAUUAUUGAACGAAUGUUUACAGGAUACCAUGUUGACAAAGUAUUCAUGUAUCAUCAUUGACGAAGCUCAUGAACGAAGUAUACAUACUGAUUUACUUCUAGGUAUGAUUAAGGAUGCCCUAAAUAAUAGACCAGAUCUCAAGGUUGUAAUAACAUCUGCAACUAUCGAUCCAGACAUCUUUGUUGACUAUUUUGGCGGUUUAGACCUAUGCCCUGUUCUUAGGGUGUCGGGUAGAACCUUUCCUGUAGAAGUGUUUUGGGAACAAGAUAAUGACGUUGACAGUUCGUUUUCAGACGAUUAUGAAAAGAAAGCACUUAACAAAGCAAUCGAAAUUCACCAGAAUGAGAAAGAAGGUGACAUACUUGUUUUUUUGACUUCAGCUGCUGAAACUGAUAGGUGUAAAGAAAGGAUACUAAGAAUGGUCGGAGAAAAAGAAGUUCAGUGCCUGCAGCUUCAUGGAAAACUUAAACCAGAAGAACAACAGUUAGUGUUUGCAAAUACACCAAGGGGGAAACGGAAAAUUGUCUUUGCUACAAAUAGCGCUGAAACAUCUAUAACAAUACCAGGCAUCAAGUAUGUGGUAGAUACUGGUGUUGUAAAGGAAAUGAGAUUUGACCCCAAAAAGAACAUGAAUUCACUUGACGUGGUACAAGUCAGUCAAAGUUCAGCAGACCAACGCAAAGGUCGUGCCGGAAGAACUUCGUCUGGUGUUUGUUACAGACUGUACACACACAAGAUAUAUAGAUCUUUUAAAAAGGCAUCAAGCCCCGAAAUCUUAAGGAUACAAGUGUCACAGGCUUUACUUAAAUUGAUGGAAUUAGGUGUGGAUCCGAUGAGUUUUGAUUAUGUUCAGUCACCUUCUCCAAUGGCGAUGAAAUCAGCGUUGGGGGAACUGGAAGAAAUUGGUGCGGUUGACACAAAAGGCAUAUCUGAACUUGGCCGAUGGAUUGCUAAAUUGCCGGUCGAACCAAGGCUUGGGGCUUUAAUUAAGAAGGGAAUGGAUAUGGAUAUAACUUUAGAAACGCUUAUAGUUGCAUCUUGUUGCAACCAGAGUGGAAUAUUUUUCAGAAUGGGAACACCUGAAGAGAAAAAGGAAGCAGACGCGAAAAAGAUGAAGUUUUGUCAUCUUGGCGGAGAUUUAUUGACCAUGUUGAAUGUUUACAGAGAAUGGGAUAAAAUACAAGAGAAGGCGAAAGGAAAAUGGUGUCAAACAAACAGUAUAAAUGGGAAAGCAAUGAAAGGAGUAAGGGACAUGAUGAAUGAGAUGGUCUCUGUUAUAAAGAAGGACUUAGACUUAAAGAUAAAGCAUGAGUUUAAAAGCCCGCAAGACUCGGACGCUUGUGUACAAAACCUCAUAUUUGAAUGCAUGACAUCCAAACUAGCUUAUUACCUUGGACAUGAAAGCGCAGGAUAUCUUAUUGUCGAUAGGCAUCAGAGAGUACAGUUACACCCUUCGUCAGCGAUUUUAUCGCUUGCUUUUCAACCUGGUUGGGUUGUUUUCAAUAGAGUUCUGAAAACUUCAGCAGAUUUCAUGACAGAAGUGACACCUUUGUCUGAUGACGUAGUCAAAGAUGCAAUCAUAAAAGGCAAGAUUAACGUUGACAUGAAAUUAUUGGAGAAUAUGAAAGUUAAGCGUGUUCUUAAAGCUCCUGUUGGCAGGCAUGUGUUUUGGAAGUUUGUAGGACCUAUGCACAAGAACAGGCGUCAGGUUGAAGAAGACAUUAGUUUUGCCUGCAACGGAUCCUUAAUUGUUAUAGAAGCUAACAAACAACGUGGUGAAAUAAGUUUAUUUAGCACAAAUGAGUACGCAAAACGAGCUUCUUCCAUGCUUCGCUCAAUACUAGACGAAGCACCUCAACAGCUUCUUAACGAGUCACGCGAGGAACCAAUUGGCCAUGACAGAAGUUGCAUACGUGCCGUUUUACGAGAAGGUGGUUCUGCGGUUGAUAUUCUUAUGUCAGAUGAUUAUCGGGCAGUUAACAUAAAGCAGAAAGACAAUGUAAUGUUUGACAUUAACGAAGAAAGCAUCCAAACAUUGCUUGAAGAUUAUGGACCUGUAGAACAGAUAUGGCAAACAACGGGGAAAAGACAGCAACAAAGUCCAUUUUGGGGAAAGGCGACAUUUACACACAAAUACGAUGCUAAAUAUGCUGUUGAAGAAAUAAAUGAAGAUGAAAAUUGCGAAUUUAGAUUGUUACCAAUAAUAUACGACUCCCAAAUAUCAGCCCCAAAACAAGGUUACACCAUGAAGCUGACAUGGUGUAGACGACUGGGAAAGGGACAUUGUUUUGUUUAUCUUAAUCGGCCGGAGGAUAUGACGCAAAUUUUAACGAAUGCACCGAUGAUAAAUGGGACAUAUGUUCAAGUUAUGAUUUCAAAACAACAGUCAGAUUUGUACAUAAAAGGAUUAGCACGAGAUGCGACUGAAGAUGAAGUCAGAGAUGGACUUGGCAGUGCUCUUGGACUGUCUUCUUACGAAUGUAGAAAUAGAUUUCGCAUAAUUAUUCCUCGUCUCAAUGUGCCUAUUGAUAAUAAUGAAAAGGACCAAAUCCAGAAUGAACUUGCUUCGAUUAUUUCAAUGUAUGCUGAUCGAGACUCAUUUCGCGUACACGUUAAGACUUACAAACAGCAGACUGUAACGUGUGUAGCGUUUGUUACUUUUAUGAAUCCACAGAUUUGUUACGACACAGCAAAUGCUAUGAUAGAUGAUGAUGUAGAAAUACGGGAACAUUGUAUUGAUGUUCAGUUAGAAUGCAAGACGACGGUGCACGUAAACAAGAAGCUGCAUGACUUCGUUGGACAGGAUUUAACUAGUCUAGUAGACAGAUACGUUCGCAAAAAAUCAUCAACAACUUUGAAUAUUAGACAUCUUAAAUCUGGCAAUUUCUCUGUGGAUAUCAAUGCGGUUUCACCGCAAAAACUGGCUAAGGCUAAAGUUAAGGUCGAGAAUGUUGUCGGAGGGGAUACGUUUGAAUGCGGGGAAAAAGAAAACUUACAGUUCUUUUUCAAUAAGAAUGGUCGAGAUGAAGCACGACGUAUAGAAAAACUAACAAGGACCCUCAUUUUUGUUGACGAAAGACAAAUGAAAAUAUCUAUACAAGGUCUUGUCCGUAACAGACUUCGAGCCAUACAAAUGAUAGAAGAUUAUUUAUCGGUCCAUACACAUGCUAAAGAAACAGAAGUUUGUCUAAAAGGGGAAGAAAAUCCACCAGGACUUUUGAAAGAUUUGAUUAUUAGAUAUGGGUUGCGUUUAACAGGACUUAAAGAUGAAACUGGCAUUUCUAAAGUAUCCUUCAACCUACGGUUUCAUGAACUAACUCUUAUUGGUAAAGAGGAAAAUAUAAUUAAAGCACAAGAACAGAUAAAAAGUGUGAGAGCUGACUUGUCAACACGGGGAAAUAUUAGAAUUGAAGACGCAGAUUUACCAGAUUGUCCUAUUUGUUUAUGCCCAGUUGAAGAAUCUGAUAUGUGUCGACUUGAAUACUGUGGCCAUGCGUAUUGCAAAUGUUGUUUGGCUUCAAUGAUUCAAAACGCCGUAUCAGAUCGUGAACUUCCUGUUGUCUGUGCAGCAGAGGACUGCAAUAAAGCUCUUGUCAUAAGAGAUAUCAAUACGCAAAUAAAGAUUGGCAAUAUAAAAAGAAACGCACUUCUUGACUCAGCUGUGGCAGCUUUGGUUAUGAAGAAGAGUGAGGAGUAUCACUAUUGUAUAACUCCAGAUUGUGGAAUAGUUUAUCGAGUGACCAAGAUUGGUGAAAUGUUCAGCUGUCCUGUUUGUCGGGUCAGGAUAUGUACAGCGUGCCAUUUGCCAUUCCAUGAAGGUAUAACAUGUGCCAUGUACAAGAGUGCUAAACAGAGUGGGGAUUCGUUAGUGAAAUGGCUGAGAGUUGACCCGAGUAAUCGAAAAUUAUGCCCGAAAUGUGGUUUAGGAAUCCAGAAGACAGGAGGCUGUGAGCAUAUGGAGUGCAAAUGUGGUGCUCAUAUAUGUUGGAAAUGUAUGAGGUAUUUUAGUAGUAGCGGCUCUUGUUAUGGCCAUCUGAGCGAAGCCCAUAAUAGUUUUGUUUAAAUAAUUAUACAUGUUGUCAAGUCACUUCACGUUAUGUUAAGUGUUAUUUAAUCUUGAAGUUUAAACAUUAAAUAUUGUAAAAACUAUGUUAAAAAUAAUAUAAAAAUAAAUGUGAUCAAGUUUUAAUAUUCCAACAAAUCACUACUUUUCGAAAUCGAAAAAUAUAUAGAUGUAGCGAAAUUGAACGCAUCUAAUAUUUGUAUUGAUAAUCUGCAAGUAUUUGUUUGGAAAUUAUGUAUGAACUGCAAAUAUGAACUGUUCUGUUUUGUAAAGAUUAUUCCAUGAUUAAGAAAAUAGUGAAAAUAUUAUAUAUUGUAAUGGAAUGAUUACUUAAUCUUUCUUCUUCAGCAGUGUUAUAAAAAUGUUGAGUAAGCAUAAGUUGAUUUCAAAAGCAAUUUGAGAGUUUUCUUAGUCUAUUUCCGAUUAUAUUAGAAUUCACCAGAUCUUUUUAAAUCAAAGAUGCAGCAACCAUGUUUUUAUGUAUUAGAACGGAAACACAUGUGUUUAGGUAAAAAUGCAUUUUUGUUACUGUGAGUCCACAUAAGAAACAAAAUUAUUUCUGCCAAAAAUUUUCAUCAAAAUCAAACUAAUAUCAUCUUAUGUUAAUCAGUCUUUUUAUUAAUUGAUAUUUAACAUUGCUUUUUAGCUCACCUGAGCUUGCUCAGGGUGAGCUUUUAGGAUCGGUGAAUGUCCGUCGUACGUCGUCCGUCGUACGUCGUACGUCCACAAUUGCUUCUAGUCAAUUGCUUGGAUGAGUUCCAACAUGGGUCAUCUCUGAUGAAAAACUAGGUCACACGAGCUAAAAAUAGAAAAACCUUGUGAACACUCUAGAGGUCACAUUUUUGACCCAAUCAUCAUCAAACUUGGUCAGGAUGCUUAUCUAGGUGAUAACUCGAAUGGGUUCGAACAUGGGUCAUCUCGGAUGAAAAAGUAGGUCACAGGAGCUA